AUGAAUGAAGGAAUCAUUUAUUAAAGAGGAAAUAUCAUCAAUCAGAAGAAUCUAUCUAUUUAGAUGAAAAAGAGAGGAUUAUACCACACACUCACACAAAAUACUUUUUAGUUUGAUUAUGUGAUUUAUUUAUUCAUUAAGAAUUAGAUAAUGGGAAGGUUGCAUGAAUGGAAAUGA